AUGGUGAAGGUAAACGCGGGCGAAGGCGAGGAAAAUGCGCGGAAGGGAAUCUGCAAAAAGGGUAUAGAGAAAAAGUACGAGAGAAGCAGAAUGGCAGUGGAGGGCAGCAAGAAGUUGUCGGCCAGGAAGAAGUUUGGGCAAGACAAGGAUUUGAGCGCUCUACGAGAGUCGCAGGGUGGAAUUGGCGGCGUGAUAGGUGGCGUCAUAGGCGGUGAAAUGGUCAGCGAAAUGGUUAGCGAAAUGGGAGGCCGCUUGGACAGUCGCGUGGAAAGCGGCGAACUCAGGCGAAGCGCAGACCUGGGAAGCAGCCUGCAGGCAGAUCAACUGCAGGGACGCUCUCGGGACGGACAAGAAAGCAAGCAUGGUGACCAAAUGAACUACGAAGUGGUGCGGAACAUCAGUAGAAACCUGAAUCGCCAACUGAGCAGAGGUGUGGGGGAUGAGUGUGUGAAGAAUUUGGUGACACAAGUCAGUUACAGCCACCUGUUCACACUCUUAAAAAAUAUAUUAACGUACCUGCCAUUUUCUAUUAACGACUACCUAAUAGGGACGUUAGAACUAAAAGAAAUAAUUGAUAGCAAAUACAACACGUGCUUCCAGUUAUACAAGAAAGAAGAACUCAUGAGCCACAUCUACGAAAAUGAGUCAAAAAACCUUGUAGAUAAUAAGGUCUUUAAUUUAUUUUGGAGGUACAAAAUAAUGCAAAAUAAAAAGGGACCUCUCAACCACCUGCAUGUACUCAAUUUUCAAGAAGGUGGAAAAGAACCCAAUUUGGAAAACAUUUUAAUUGAGAAGUCUCGAAUUUUUAUGUACAAAAUACAUUCCUUUAUUGAAGGGAGAGAUUUAAACCUUUCAUACAUAUACGAAAUUUGCCAUGGGCUUGGAUACAAAACAGAGACCUUCCUUUUGUCUGUUUUUAUAUUCGACUCGUACAUGCAUAGUAUUAACAAAAUGACGGAGAAAAACCAUUACAGGAAAAUUAAGCUGUUAGUGAUUAUAUGCUCUAUUUUGCUAGCACUGAUAAAGACCCAAGUGUUUAACGGUACCAGUAUCAUGUACCUAAAUGACAUUCUGUACCUUGUGAAUAAACUUAGACACGACAAAGUAAAUUACACGUGUAUUGAAAUUGCGAACAAGCAAAUGGAAAUUAUUAAAUUUCUUCCACUUAAUUAUAAUAAUUAUUGGACCUACUCAGAGCUGACUUAUGUUUAUUUAAUUAAUUUAAAAAGCUGUUCGAAGAAAUAUCCCGCGAUUAAAAUUUACUACAUUUUCCUGGAACACUUUGGCUUUCUGUAUUUCCUGUAUGAUGUCAUUUACGCCUACUCCAUGUAUAUCACGGCGGUCGGUUCGUACAAGGUCAUUCCUGCGAGCAGAGUUGUCGCCACAAUAAUUUUGUAUUUCACCAACGCGUUUUACAACAGGAUGAGCAACAGCUUGCUUUUCCAGGAGAACUUUUGUCAGGAAGUCUUCCACCUACCCUUUGCCAACGAUUUGUUCAUGUGGUCCUACCUGCUGCUGAACAACUUUAUUUACUUUUUCGAACACUGUGUCCUUCCGAACAAGCACUACUCUUCCAUUUACUCCAUUUUUUACGAGACAGGCCGUAUGCUCAAUAUCCACACGGUUUUUUGA